AUGGCACGAGCGCCCCUCCUCCGCGUCCCUUACACCGACCCCUUCCCCGCGCCGCGGAUAAUCCCCGCCCACGCGACCACACCCAGCGCUGCCGUCGCAGCUCUAGUAGAUUUCUUGGCACCGUCUUUGUUCUCCGCAACAUCAACGUCUACACCCCGAUCUUCCCUCGCUGGCAAGCUCGAUCGCGGCAAGACGUUGCUGCUUACUGGGGCUGGGAUAUCCGUGGCAUCAGGACUGGCAGACUACCGAGACUCCUUCCACCCCCUCGCCCACCCCUCCCUCCCCACAACCGAACUCCACGGCUACCUCCGCAACCUCGUCUGCCUAACCUGCCGCCAAGAAUAUCCACGCCAUAAAUUCCAAACCCAGCUCUCGACUCUAAACCCCUCCUGGUCCGCCUUCCUCGCCGAAAUGCUCGCCUCCGGCGCGCUCGACACCGAAAACCCCGUCGAGCGCCGCAACCGCGGGCUAAAAGCCAACCCAGACGGCGACGUCGACGUGCCCAAUGCGCCGUAUACUACGUUUCGCUACCCAGCCUGCCCGACGUGUUUGGCGAAGCCGCCGGUGCGGGCGGACGGUAAGACGGUGCGGGUGCGGGUUGACAAGGAUGGGGCGUGGGAUCCCGAGGGGAGUGAGGGCGGGGUGUUGAAACCGGCGGUCAUCAUGUUUGGGGAGUCGAUACCGGUGGCGACAAAGGUUGCGGCGGAGAAGGCGGUGGAGGAGGCGGGGAGGGUGCUGGUGGUUGGGAGUAGUCUUGCGACGUAUUCGGCGUGGCGGCUUGUGAAGAAGGCAAAGGAGAUGCGGCUUCCGAUUGGGGUGUUGAAUAUUGGGGGUGUUAGGGGGGAGGAUAUGUUUUUCGGGGAUGUUGGCGAGGGGGAUGGUGCGGUGGGGGCGGUAAGGUUGAGUGAGAGUGCUGAGGCGGUGUUGCCGCAGGUUGUGAGGGUUUUGGAGGGGAUGAAGGGGGGGAGGGUGUAG